UGCAGGCAUUGACACCGGCAGACACUCGGCCACUCUGACUGCGGGAGUGCCUGGUGUGCUACACGGCACACGCACAUUCCUGUUGCAGGACAGCAAAGGGCAGAUCGAGGAGACCCACAGUAUCAGUGCGGGCUUGGACUACCCCGGUGUGGGUCCAGAACACGCGCACCUCAAAGUGCUGGGGCGCGCAGAGUACGUUGCAGUAACGGACAGGCAGGCGCUGGAAGCCUUCAUGCUCAUGUCACGUAAAGAGGGUAUCAUCCCGGCGUUGGAGACUUCGCACGCGGUGUACCAUACCAUCAAACUAGCAGCGUCGCUGCCCAAGGAUCAGGAUGUACUGCUGUGCGUGAGUGGGCGGGGGGAUAAGGAUGUGGUGCAGAUCAGAGAGGCGCUGCCGAAGUUUAAUAUGAACUUGGAUGAUGAGGUGGAUAUACUUUAAAUCCACCUCUGUUGCAGCAAUGACAUGCAGUGGAAUGGUGCACUUGUACAUGCCCAUAAUUGCAUAUAGUACAGAUACGACUGUACGCGCUUGUACAUAGUCAUCGGCCACAUUGCAGUGAUACACGGGCCUACGUGCACACGUUCCGCAAAUUGGUUAGGUUUAGAACUUCAACUGAGGGCAAAGUAAGGCAUGUGUGCACAUCUGCAACAACAUCAGUGGCCGCCGAUUGAGGACACGAGGAGUCGCAAAACAUCGAUGUAUGCAGCGUACAGGCUGACAUGAAAAGCUUCGAAGAAUUAGAUGUAAAUAAGGGUUUUUUUUAAUAAAAGAGCCAAAAAGAGCAAAUAUUUU